AUGGAUCUGAGACCGGAGCUCCCCACAGCCUCCUCCGCCUCUCAAGGCCACCCCGGAGCGGCGGCCGCGGCCGCAGCAGCAGCAGCAGCCUCCAUCCCGGUGUCCAUGGCCGGGAACCUGCUGCGCGGCCCUCCGCUCCUCCUGCGCGCCGCGGACAAGUACCCGCGCACUCCCAAGUGUGCGCGCUGCAGGAACCACGGCGUGGUGUCCGCACUGAAGGGCCACAAGCGCUACUGCCGCUGGAAGGACUGUAUGUGCGCAAAGUGCACCCUGAUCGCGGAGCGGCAGCGGGUGAUGGCCGCUCAGGUGGCGCUGCGGCGGCAGCAGGCGCAGGAGGAGAACGAAGCCCGGGAGCUGCAGCUGCUCUACGGCACCGCCGAGGGUCUGGCCCUGGCCGCCGCCAACGGCAUCAUCCCGCCGCGUCCCAACUACGAGGUGUUCAGCUCCGUCACCAGCGAGAGCAACUCAGGUGAGCCGAGCUAUUCAAGCAUCCAGAAGUAUGAGCUGUUUCCAAAGAGCCAGCUGUCCGGUUCGGCCACCCCGCAGCAGUCUGCGGGCAAACCGGCCUCCACCGAGAGCGACUCCGCCCCGGGCAUCUCCUCCCCGGACGGCCGCCACGGAGGCUCCGGCUCGGAGAACGGAGACAGCGAGUCGUUCAUCAGCUCGCCGGUGUCCAAGCCCUUAAAGGACGGAGAGGAGACUCCCGGCUCCGUCAGCUCCCUGGGCUCGGACUCCGGCUCCGAGACCGACAAAGACGAGCAGGAUCCGUCUCCUUCCUCUGCGGCCUCCCGGCACAUGAACGCCAUCGACAUCCUGACCCGCGUGUUUCCGAGCCACAAGCGCAGCGUGCUGGAGCUCGUCCUGCAGGGCUGCGGGAAGGACGUGGUGCAGGCCAUCGAGCAGAUCCUCAACAACAGCGGCGCGCAGGGCGCCAACAAGGCCGGGCCAGAUGAGACGUGGACGGCGGAGAGGAUGCUCCAGAACGCGCAGCAGCCUCCGCCGUCCUCCGCCUCCACGACCGCGCCGACGAGGCCCAUGCUGCCCGGAGCCAUGACGCUGAGCAACCGCUCCGCGUUUUCUCCCCUGCAGCCAAACGCCCCGCACUUCGGCGCAGACCCCAGCACCUACCCCCUGGGCACCCACCUGGGACUGAACCCGCUGCGGCUGGCCUACUCGGCGCACAGCCGGGGACUGGCUUUCAUGACGCCCUACUCCACCACCGGCCUGAUGCCCACCCUGGGCUUCAGGCCCCCGAUGGACUACGCGUUUAGCGACCUGAUAAGGGACAGGACGAUGUUACACAAGGAGCAGGGCUACGCCGGCGGCCUGUACGGGCCUCUGGUCAACAACACGCCGGACAAGCAGUGAGGCGGCGCGGCUGCGCGCAGAGACACAUUCCAUUGUAUUUGUAGCCACAAGUGUUGAAAAUCUGUGACGUGUUUUGGCUACAAGCUGCUGUACAUAAUAGGAUUAUCUGGCUUGUAGUCAAAUGGUCUGAGAGGGAAAAAAAACUAAACUCACUUAUGUGUAAUUUUCAAAAAUAAUUUUAUAUGUUAGACUCAAAAAAAAAAAAAGGUUUGGAUGACAUUCCCCAUGUAUCAAUAAAAUAACCGAAAUUUAUUUAUAGAAUCCAAAAUAAACCAUCAAGCUGGGAACAGUGAACAUGAAACUAAAAGGAUUAAAAAAAAACCUACACACAUGCUUUUAUGACAGAUUUCUAUGUCAAAUCUGUAACGAAGAAAUUAUUUAUCAGAGGAGUUUGACUCUUUAAAGCUCUUCAAAUGUUACAGCUGGUUGCUAAAACUCAAAUGCAUUAUCUUCAAACACACACACACACACACACACACACGCGGGAUAUUAAAUACAGCAACAUUAAGUUAUUGAAUAAACCAUGUAGCUGAUGUUAACCUCACUCCCUGCUGUAAAAGUUCAACUAAUGAUGUGUAAAUGCCAUUCUCUCUCUCUCUC